UCCACGGAAUGCGUCAGUAUAAAUUAGACGCAGUAUGACUCUUUUGCCGCGCGCAUACUGUCUCUUAACUACGUCUAUUGAACCAAACCCUAAUGAAACUUCUUCAAGAAUCUAUCGUCUUUGUUUGACCCUUUGCAGCUGCGGUUUGCGCCCAGACGCAACCCACGCUGAAGAAUGGAGACUCUUAUCAUCCGAGAUGAUCGGAGACCGAGAACAGCUAGCCACAAUACCAAAGACCAAGUCGAUUAUGGGGACGGGCAUACAUACCGAAUGUUGGCAGCAUCACUACGCAGAUAUAACGAACGGCCAGCACAGGCAGCGUCUGGUCCGAAGCGAAAGUUGUCGAUCGCACCUCUUCAACCCCAACGCACAUCAUUGCUAUCUAGCCAAGCUAGGAAGAACUCUCCAAAAACCAGACGACUGUUUAUUUCAGCUGCCAAUAAAGCAGGCCUCGCUGUCCCGGCCGGUCAAGGCAAACAUGCGUUAAGGCCUCAGGCUUUACAAGCAAAACUCUUGGAAAGAGCAAUCGCAUCCGGCAUAAUCGCUCAGAAAGCGCGAAUAACACAUCCAUCAGUCCCUCCGUCUCCACGCGCUGCUAGAUCUGGUCUCAAGAAAGAGGACGCUGAUGCAAAGCCCUCGGUAGGCUCACCGUUUUCGGUGGCCAACAUCUCUUGCUACUCUACAGCAACGCUUUGGCCAUUCGUAAACACUGUUGUGACAGCUACGGGCGAAUGUCGACUGUCUUGAACAGACGACUCUUUCAAUUAACAUCGUUAGGAAAUUGGGGUAACUAGGUAAUAGCUUUCGGUAGGCCCCAAAUUGGUUGAUUCAUCUGUUGCCGCGUGAACGCUCCGUGCACGCCCGACGAUAAACACAAGGCAGGAGCGACUGCUAAGUUUACGCGCACCCACCCAGCACCUUCCACCGGA